AUGCCAGUAGUUGCCUGCGGCAGAAUACCCGCGAUGGGGAAAUCAAUUUCCCAGCACCUGCUGCCUGAAUAUGAAGUCAUCCACUUCAUCCUGUCAUAUGAGGCUGCAGAGGCUGAGCUCCCGCAUCUGCUUGCAGGUCGCGAUCCUCAGUCUCAGAACCCCAAUGAGAUCGGAACCCACGAUUACAGCCGGCCUCCUCGCGCAAUAAUCUUCGGUCGCGGCUAUGAGCCUCAGCAGGUUGAAGAGCUUAAGAAGAAAUUCGUGGGUGUCGCUAAAGAACCUGUUGCUUGGGCGAGGGGGAACCCAGCGGAUUUGCCUGCCGGGGCCGCUGGGCCGGACUAUGCUCAGAAUAUCGCGGCGGAUAUGAAGAAGGUGCUUAAGAAAUGGAGGGACGAGGGAGGAAAAGAUGACCAGAUUUUGGUGUACUAG